UUAAAGACGAGCUCGAGGGAUGCACAGUGCGAUCACUGGAAUCCAACAGGCAUAGCUCGAAAUAUCAAGUUCCUUCAUGCUAUUAAGCUACACACAGCACUGCCUGGGAGAUAAAGAAUGGAUUUUGUGCAACUAAAGUGAGCUCAGUGCUGCUGCACGCUUAUUGCAAUUGACAGCGUCUGCAGUUCAUUUCAAGAUGGCCGCUUGGCUCGCAUUCACUUUCUGCUGAUCGACUUUUAACUUUCAUUGUCUUUCCACCACCUAUCUCUGCGACCAGCUUCACAGUCCCUGGGACUCCACGUUAUAUACAGAAUAAUGCAUCGGACAACGAGAAUAAAAAUCACUGAGCUGAACCCGCAUUUAAUGUGCGUGCUCUGUGGUGGAUACUUCAUAGAUGCAUCAACCAUAAUAGAAUGUCUGCACUCAUUUUGUAAAACCUGCAUUGUCCAGUAUUUGGAAACCAGCAAGUUCUGUCCUAUUUGUGAUGUCCAGGUUCAUAAAACUAAACCGCUUCAUAAUAUUAGGUCGGAUAAAACUCUCCAAGACAUUGUGUACAAGUUGGUUCCUGGUCUUUUCAAAAAUGAAAUGAAACGAAGGAGGGAUUUUUAUGCUGAUCACCCUUUAGCUGAUGGUGCAAAUGGAUCUAAUGAAGACAGAGGACAAGUUUCAGAUGAAGACAAAAGGAUUAUUACAGACGAUGAAAUCAUAAGUUUGUCCAUUGAGUUCUUUGAUCAAAAUAAGGAUAAAAACCAAGGGGAUGCACAAAAAGAGAAAAUGGAGGAGGUGAAUAAGAGGUAUUUGCGAUGUCCUGCAGCAAUGACAGUGAUGCAUUUAAGAAAGUUUCUGAGGAGUAAGAUGGAUAUCCCUAAUACCUUUCAGAUUGAAGUCAUGUAUGAAGAGGAGCCAUUAAAGGAUUAUUACACACUCAUGGACAUUGCCUACAUUUAUACAUGGAGACGGAAUGGACCACUCCCUUUAAAGUACAGGGUCCGCCAAAGCUGUAAAAAGAUGAAGCUAAACCACCCGCAAGAUGGAUUAAACAGCACAGGCGCUGAACUGGAGAGCGACAGCGGGAGUGACAAGGCCAACAGCCCAGCCGGAGUGCCAUCCACCUCGUCGUCUUUGCCAAGCCCCAGCACCCCUGUUCAGUCUCCACAUCCACACUUUCCUCACAUCUCCAGCACCAUGAAUGGAACCUCCACCAACCCCAGCACCAAUCGCCAGCCACCUUUUUCCAAACCAGCUCGACAAACAUCUGUUAACGGAUCUUCAACAUCUUCAGGAUGAUCGUCCUGUGGACAGGACGACUUGGCUGAGAACACUUGAUCCCAUAGAUCUUUCCAUGCCAUUGCAGCUCUAUAGUAGAAGCUUUUAUAUUUGUGACAGUUUCUAGUGGAAAAUGCAUACUGGAUACUAGCGUAUGGACAGUUCCGUAUCUGGUACUUCAAUUAUUAUAUAUAUUUUUUUGCAUUACAGUAAAGAUGUUUUUUGAAGACAUUUUAAGUUUCUGCAGAUGAUGAAAAUAUCGGAAAGUUUCUGAUUUUUUAUUUGGAUAGACAUAUUUUAAUUUUUUUUCUACUGGAAAAGGAGAAACCAUGGAAUAUAAUUUUAUACAAUGUGCUUUUUCCCCUGGUUGAACCACUUUUACCCAUGUUUUGAUUUGCUUUAAUUGUUAAAUGUGUUUCGUUUCUAUAUUGUAAAUCUGGUCCAUGCUUUUCUGCAGAAUAAACCACAUAAUGAGAAGCAUGUAAGUGGACCUAGAAUAUUUUAUUCUAUUCAGUCAUGUCACUCUGGAACUGUAAAAUGGCUUGAAAAUCAUUCCCUGUAUCAUAAUUAGUGAAAGCAAUGAUGGAAUUGGACACUUUUAUAUAUAUAAAAAAAAGUACAACCCUUAAGCUAAAAGCUUGUAAUAAAAGUGAUUUUUACAGCAAAUUGGUAAGAGUUCACAAGUAUCAGAUGACACAUAGUUCACUACAUUGCCAUAUUGGUAGAUAUCUGAAUUAGGGGCAGUAUUAUAAGAUAUAUUUAUAGAUUCUAUAAAAGAAGAUUUUCAUUCUGAUGGACAUGCUCAGAUGUUGCUGUAAAACAGGUCAUUUAAUUUUCAAUAAGCUAUUUUCUUUUAAUGUUCGUGGAAAGUAACGUUAAGCUUGUAUGAUGCUCCACUUGGGUUCGGCCAACGCAAAGCAUAAUCGAAUUUGCAUCCUAUUUAGGAAAAAAGAACAAGACGUCCAUUCUGCACACGUCAAUUGAACCACUUCAUUUAUAGGAAAAAGUGUUUUGUGGUUGUGUGUAUCCCAGUGUUAUAUAUUGAAUAGCUGUAUUGGUCUUUGCAUGUGUAAUUACUGUGUUGUUACUAUUGCACAUUAUAAAAUCUAUCUAAAUAAACAGUUAGAAUACUUUUUAUCAAGGUCACUGUAGUGUAAGUGUACUCACCUGGUACUCAGUUGUGCUACUGCAAACAGUGGGCCAGUUCAGUAACAGUAGUAUUAUUAAAAAAAAAAAAAAAAAAAAAAAAAGUUUCUACUACUUUUUUAUAUCUCUUGUACAUUGGAAAGCAGAAUUGUUUACAUGAGUAUAAAUUAUAUGUGUUUCCCCCAGUGAUAAACUGAAGUACCAAUUAUUAUUAUUAUUUUUACUGCUGUUGUGACACAUUUCCAUAUUUUCAGAAUAUUUGCUAUUUUGUGCUAUGCGCUGGUUGAACUUUGGUUGUUCAGCUCAAAAUUAUUUUAUAUAUGCAUAAUAUGCAUUUCAUUGCUGCCAGUUUGCAAAAAAAAAAAAAAAAA